UCCAUGUCACAGCUCAGCACUCACAUCACUGCUCCAUCAUUAUUCACAGGAACCCACCUGGACCUCCACCCAGCUCUGUGUCCUUACAGAGUGACGCGUCUAAAGAUGCCAUCAUUCAUUUUAAAUCCCAGCCUGUGUCUGCUGCAGAGAGACAGUGCAUCUCCUCAUACUGGGACCAGUCUGCUUCAUCAGGAGACUCGUCCUGUCCCCAGUGUGGAGAAAGAUGCAGAACCAGAGCUGGACUGCAGACAGCCAGUCAGAGCAGCUGUGUACAAACAGAUGUUGGUCUGCAGGAGGUUUUAGAUGAACAUAAGAUCAGUCUGAGGAGGAGA